AUGGAAGAUCACGAAAAAGUUUUACAAUAUUUGAUGGCAGCUGAAAAGUUGGCCGAGGAAAUUCUGUCAGACAAACGGGAAGUUAUAAUGCUAGAUAAGAGAAGAAAUCAAAACCGAGAAGCACUUCGAGAUUUAACCAAAACAAACCAACAGAAAUGCUGGGUAACUGUGGGAUCUGUCUUGAUAAAACAUAAAUUUCAAGAUGCAAAGUUGUUAUUGGAAGCGGAUCAAAAACAAUUAAAUAUAGAUAUUAAUAAAUUACGCAGUGAUCUUAAAAUUAAAGUAAAUAAUUUACGAGAUUUAGAAAUGCAGCCACCUGUUCCAGGUUUAAUGCUAGUUCCUAUGACUACAAAAGAAACAGAAGCUCUAUCUAGUUCAAAAUUAUUGCCUUCGUAG